AUGGAUCUCUCGCAGUCUUCCGGCCUGUCCUCUGAAUACUCAAGAUACGUGUUGGAUCAUGCCGUCGAAGAGCGUCGCCGGUGCUAUUGGAGUGUUGUCCUACUACAGAAUCUCUACAGCUAUCCGGCUGAGUCAUUCACUUUUGUCACAGAUGAGAGGACUCCCAAAAUUCCGCAGAGUCCAGAUCAACCACUCGGGACUAGCUCAGAGAUCACUGAUGCAGCACUUGAACAACCUCAGGGCAAUGGCGUCUCCAAUGAACCCAGAGACCUAGGCAUUUUGGCGUAUGUUAUCCAGCUUAGUGGGUUAUGGCAAAGAGCGGCUCGAUAUGCACAUCGUCGAGGAAAAUCCACCGCCCUGCCAGCUUGGUCUGCACAAUCGGAAUACGCGCUAAUCACGGCUCAACUGAUGGAAAUCGAGACUGGUAUGCCCUACAAAUAUCGAUUCCGGCCGUCUCGCUUCGCUGAGCAAGAACCCCAACCACUGCGACGGAACCGUGCUUUUUGGGCGCCUUGGCUACUAGUACAGCUGUUGUAUCACUCAAUACUGUGCCUCCUUAACCAUCCACUACUUCUCUCAUUACGUCUUCGACAUUUCAGAGUCACUAUGGUACCCGAGAUAUUCCUGCAACAUACCGCUGAUCUCACGUCGACACAUACCGAAUGGAUUGUGCACUUACUAGAUCAAUGCAGAGAAAAAGAUUUCAUGCUUUCGGACCCAUUCUUGAUCCACUGCGCGGCAAUUGCAGCCACCAUCUAUCUCCAACAAAGCUUCACUGACGACCAUACAGUGCGGGCAGAGAAGCAGGACUGCUUCAAGAAGUGUUUUUCCUUCAUUCGAGAGAUGGGUCAAUACUGGCCCUAUGGCAAUCAGCUAGCAAACAAGAUUGAGCAAUUUGAAAAGGUGGUGUCUACGUCAUUCGACAAUUCAGCGGUGACCAAUUCACCUAAUCCGAACAUCUUCAUCGAUUUGAGUCUCUUUUGGGAAAUCAUUGAGUCCUCGUCCUCGAGCGAACUUUCCACAACAGCCGAUUCUUAUUUCGGUUCCUCGCUCAUUGGCCAUCGGCAAAAUUCGCAUUCUGCAGAGGUUCUCAGAAGUCGCUUGCUUCCUGAGCCAACUCGUAUCAGUCACGAGGGCGUCACGCCGUCAAUUAACAACACAAGAUCAGGGGGCGAGAUGUCGCGUCGCCCGAGUUUUCCCUCGUCCACUUCGCAACUACAAGUUCCGGACUUGCAGUCUUCCCAAGAGGAGGGUUUAUCAAUACUCGCACAAAGCUACUUUGCUGCAGGCCAAGACUUUGUUGGCAAUAUGGACGACUGGUGGUUCUCUGGGCCUACCGUUUGA